AUGGCCCCUAGACAGUCCAAGACGGCCAAGAGAAACAAAACCCAGAACAAGACAAGGGAGAAUGAAUCAGAUAUUGUUUCUGACUCAGCAGCAAGAAAUCUCCUUGCCGAUCAACCCAAACUAACUCCCAAAUCAAAAGUUAAAAAACUAUCGAAAUUACAAGUCAAGAAACAACAAGCCAAAAUAAGGCUAUACGGAGCAAAGAAUGGGAAAGAGUACAAGGAAGAGCAGUUGGAUAUACCAAAUUUGAACAGGGCUAUAGUACCAGGAGUCAAAGUGAAGAAGGGCAAAAAGGGAAAGAAAUUCGUGGGCGAUCAUGACAAAUUAACCUUGACUCGAUUAGUAAAGAGCAUAAACGACAAACACGACCAAGUGAAUGAAAGCAAGUUGGAGAAAUCCAAGAGAUUGGAGGAAAUACGGGAGUUAAAGAGACAAGAAAUCGAAAGGAAGGAGCAGCAAAAGAAGGACAAAUUGGACGGAAAGAAGGACGAGUUGAGAAAUAGGGCCUCUGUCGCUAGAUCAACAAGAAGAAAGAAUGCCAAAGCCAGAAAAGCCGAGGAGCAAGUCCAAGAGACAACAGCGCCUAAGAAGAAAAAAGUGAGUUUCGCAUGA